UAGCAAGAAGGGAGAACGUACAGGCUGUGAAAGCGGCAGUCGCUCGCUCUUUUAGCCCGGCCUUCGGGUGGCGGCCAGUGUGUUCCGGUCUCUUGUUUAUGGAAUUAGGGCUUUAUGCAAGCUCCCUUCGCAGGUAUAUCGGGAGGAUGGACAUGCAUGACCUCGUUGUCUAGCUCGAGCCACUGCGGUUUAUAAUGGCAUUGAGAACAAUACGCACUCUGAGAUAUAAGGAGAACUUUUUCAAAUAUACUUGAUUUUCGUAUGGAAAGACUUUCCUUGGAGACGACUCGCGAUAUAAAGCUAGUUCCUCAGUGGAACGCGUGCCGCCAAUCUUGCGUUUAUGAUGGUAGUCUCCCCGGGUGCUGGGCCGCCGCUUAGAUAGUUCAAGGUUUAAGGAUCCUUCCGAGUCGGGCAUCAUGACGAGCCUCAGCGGGCAGCCGUGCAUGCAGCGCCUCCUGCCCCUCGCCUCUUCGGGCCCUUCUUACUCCCGCCAUCACCACAGAUUGCUGCUGUACCUCCUUCUGGUCCUGUCCUGGAAGACCACUGUCUUAACAGGUGCCAAGGGCGUCUCUGUCCACAACGUGUCAGUGCCCACCCCGGGCAUUGCCGGCGAGGCAGCGCGGCUGGAGUGCCACUGGAGCCCGGGAAGCAAGGGCUUCUACUCCGUCAGGUGGUACAAGGACGGCGAGCAGUUCUACAGCUUCAUCCCGAGGAACCGGCCGGAGGUCAAGGUCGACCAUAACCUUCCUGGAGUCACCGUCUUUCUGUCGGAGUCUAACGAAUACGUCGUGACGCUGAGGAAGAUUGACCUCGCUUCCCAGGGCGUUUACCGGUGCGAGGUCAUGAGUGAAGCCCCGACGUUUCAGACCUCCUUUGCGUCGGCGAACCUCACUGUAGUUGAUGUCCCGGAGGCGCCGCAGCUCACAGGACUCCAGGACAAAUACACCGUCGGCGACACCUUGCACGUCAACUGCACGGCCAGGGACUCCCACCCGGCCGCCCGCAUCACCUUCCGCGUCAACGGCAGUUUUAUUCAUCCCGGCUCGGGUCGCGUGACGGCAUUCCCGACCGAGGGCGGCGUGGCGAGCGGCAACCCCUACGCCCUCAGCACCACGAGCAGCCAGCUGAGCUUCCCGCUGGGCGAGCACCACGUGCCGGCGGUCACGGUGCAGUGCCGGGCGGAGGUGCUGUCCGUCGCCCGCGCCAACUCCACCACGGUGCGCGUCGAACCCCGCAGCUCCUUCUCCUUCUUCAACGCCGGAGUUCCCCGAUGCUGCCCAGGCCUGUUGCUGGUAGUUGCCCUUUCCGCUCUUACUUACUUGCUGAGUACCUGUUAGACACCUGCUGGAGGGAAGUACGAGGGACGGGGAAGUAGCGUUCUCCGGCGCCAGGAGUCCGUCAACGCUCUAGUCUGUCCCUCUCUCUCUUUAUCUUUAUAUCUACAGUCGCUAUUUUCCUCCCCCCUCCCUCCUUCACUCCCUCCCUCCUUCUCUCUCUCUCUCUCUCUCUCUCUCUCUCUCUCUCUCUCUCUCUCUCUCUCUCUCUCUCUCUCUCUCUCUCUCUCUCUCUCUCUCUCUCUCUCUUUCUUCUGUAACCUUUUCGGUCCAUCUGAUCUUAACAGCGAGUGGAAAAACCUUUGAAAUUUCCAAGACAUUGCUACGUCCACUUCCCACGUGAUCUCCUAAGCAGUUCUGGAAGAAGGAUCUACUCCUCCACGAAGGUCUCGCACACUGACGUCACAAGCCGGCUUACCGUGCUAUGGUCUUUCGCAAAUUAGGUCUAUCAUAGCAGGAACCGUUGCCGCGUAGGCUUGCUUAUACCAGAUUCUUAUCAAUGCCGGGCAGGGUAUUGUUCCCUCUCAUAAUUCUCCGAUCCAGCAACCAGACCAUGAGCAACAGUGUCUUGUGAGAGUAAAGGUGACUAAGAAUUUGUUUAGUUUUGGAAAACGUGUAGAAAAACUCACUGCAAAUUCCAAAGAAAGAAAUGAAAAAUAAGAAUAAAUAUUAUUCCAAAACAUUCCGUGUGCAUCAUACUAUUUAAAGCCACCGACAGAACAAACAAGGUGAGCUAUGGUUUUGUACAAACGCCAGCGCUAACAGUGGCACUGAUAUAACAAAAAUAUCUCCUGUGAACAUCUUAUGACACGUGGCUUCCCAGUCCAUACCAGUUAAUGUGGCAGAAAUAAGAAGUGUUAAUGUUAUAGCUUAACAGUCAUUUAUUUCAGUUAGGAUGUAGUGAGGUUGGCUGCUGCAUUUCGACUUGCUUACGAGAAAGAUACGAAAUUUACGCUGUGCUUUAUAACCAGGAAGAACUGCUCUGCAGACUGACACGCGUUGUGACGAUUUCCGAAAAGCGAGUGAGAGGAACCGGUGAGUCAUUCGCAGGGGCUCCUUCCCUCCCCGAAACGCACGGCGCAGCGUCGGCGGCGAGGCGGCCAGACCCGCCGUUUCCUGCUCCGAAACAUGUUCCGAAACAAUGCUUCUUCCUCGCCUGCGAUGCACUCCUUCAAUAGGACCUUCUCCAUGCACAUUCCUUCACAUGAUUCAGUGUUUCAUAUAUACAUAUUUUCUUUUCUUUUUUCUUUAUUGUAUAAUGAUUUGUUGCUUUAUACAUACAUUUAUAUACAUAUAUCUAAUGUAUUUGUAAGUUGCUAUAUAUUUCACUCAGGAGUGAUGAAUAAAGACAGAGUAUAUAUCCAUGUUGGCAGUUAUUCGCACCGGCAUUUCAAUGGUCAGAAUGUAUCUCUUGCUUCGCGCGCCUCGAAACGUUCCCGGACACUGAGACUUGUCUGUUUUCCUUUCAAGAAACGCAGGGGAAAGGCAGCAACAUCAUGUGUGAGAGCAUGUGUCCGCAGUGUCAAAAGGAACCGAAAUUCUGACGAAAUAUCUCAAGUUGUCAACUAUUGUCAAAUAAAAUGCACAAAAUGA